AGCCCUGAGCCCUGACCCUUGACCGGAUGGAAGCCCGCCAGCUUCUGUUUGCACGAGGUGGACACCCCGAGCUCGGUCCCCAGCUGGGGAGGAAGCCAGAAGCGGCCUGGCCUCGGUGAUAUAAUCCAGCCCCCCGGGCCUGGGGAGCCGAGAAAGGGCCAGAAGCACACUGUAGCUGCUGGGCCUGCAGACCCCUCCUUCGCUUGCUGCUUUCAAAGUUCUCCGGGAGCCCUCGGAGGCCAAGAGCAAGAUGUAAGAAAAUGGGCCCAACUCCCGGGUGUCCCGAACCUCGAAACUCCUUCUGUGGCCCAAGGAAGCGCACCUCGGCCUCGGGAGGGCUGGCGAGCUGUCCUCUGUUCUCUCGGCCUCAGCCACGUGCUAGACUUGCCCCCCAGCUCUGGUCUUGUCAGAGGGGAUAAGACUGAAGACGCCCAGGGGUGCCUUCCCUAGGGGAGCCCCCUGCACCCCCUCCCGCCAGGCCCCAGCGAGCCAGUCCGGAAUGAUCCCGCUAUGGCCAAGCUCUGGUUCAAGUUCCAGCGCUACUUCCGCCGAAAACCUGUGCGUUUCUUUACCUUCCUGGUGCUCUACCUGACGGCCGGCAGCCUUGUCUUCCUCCACUCGGGCUUCGUGGGCCAGCCGGCGGUGUCGCAGGGCCAGGCCAGCCCCGCCGCCGGGGCCCCGGCCGAGGGCGCGGAGCUGCCCUUCCUGGGCGACUUGCAUCUGGGCCGGGGCUUCAGGGACGCGGGUGAAGCCGCCAGCAUCGCCCGCAGGUACGGACCCUGGUUCAAGGGCAAGGAUGGGAGCGAGAGAGCCAAGCUGGGCGACUACGGAGGCGGGGCCUGGAGCCGGGCCCUCAAGGGCAGGGUUGUCCGGGAGAAAGAUGAGGAAAGAGCCAAGUACAUCGGCUGCUACCUGGAUGACACCCAGAGUCGGGCCCUGCGAGGCGUGUCCUUUUUUGACUACAAAAAGAUGACUGUCUUCCGUUGCCAGGACAACUGUGCGGAACGGGGUUACCUGUACGCCGGGCUGGAGUUCGGCGCCGAGUGCUACUGCGGCCACAAGAUCCAGGCGACAAACGUGAGCGAGGCGGAGUGCGACAUGGAGUGCAAGGGCGAGCGGGGGAGCCUGUGCGGCGGUGCCAACCGCCUCUCCGUCUACCGGCUGCAGCUGGCCCAGGAGUCGGCCCGCAGGUAUGGAAGCGCCGUCUUCCGAGGCUGCUUCCGCAGGCCCGACAACCUCUCCCUGGCCUUGCCCGUGACGGCCGCCAUGCCGAACAUGUCCGUGGACAAGUGCGUGGACCUCUGCACAGAGAAGGAGUACCCACUGGCGGCCCUCGCGGGCACCGCCUGCCACUGCGGGUUCCCCACCACGCGAUUCCCCCUCCACGAGAGGGAAGACGAGCAGCUCUGUGCCCAGAAGUGCAGCGCGGAGGAGUUUGAGAGCUGCGGGACGCCCAGUUACUUCAUCGUGUACCAGACGCAGGUGCAAGACAACCGGUGCAUGGACAGAAGGUUCCUCCCAGCCAAGUCCAAGCAGCUCAUCGCUCUGGCUAGUUUCCCAGGGGCCGGCAACACGUGGGCUCGCCACCUCAUCGAGCUGGCCACCGGCUUCUACACCGGCAGCUACUACUUCGAUGGCUCCCUCUACAACAAAGGGUUUAAGGGCGAGCGGGACCACUGGCGCAGCGGGAGGACCAUCUGCAUCAAGACCCACGAGAGCGGCCAGAAGGAGAUCGAGGCCUUCGACGCCGCCAUCCUGCUCAUCAGGAACCCCUACAAGGCCCUCAUGGCGGAGUUCAACCGCAAGUAUGGCGGCCACAUCGGCUUCGCGGCGCACGCCCACUGGAAGGGCAAAGAGUGGCCGGAGUUCGUGAGGAACUACGCCCCGUGGUGGGCCACGCACACGCUCGACUGGCUCAAGUUUGGCAAGAAGGUGCUGGUGGUGCACUUCGAGGACCUGAAGCGGGACCUGUUCGUGCAGCUGGGCCGCAUGGUCCGCCUGCUCGGCGUGGCCGUCAGGGAGGACCGGCUGCUGUGCGUGGAGAGCCAGAAGGACGGCAACUUCAAGCGCUCGGGGCUGCGGAAGCUGGAGUACGACCCCUACACCACCGACAUGCAGAGGACCAUCGCCGCCUACAUCAAGCUGGUGGACGCGGCCCUGAAAGGCAGGAACCUCACGGGCGUCCCUGACGACUACUACCCCAGAUGACGCGGCGCUGGGGAGGGGACUCAAGGCCCCUGGGGACUCCGCCCACCCGGCCUCUCUUUGGUAGGGGGACAGUCCAGUCCCCUGGGCUGCUGUUGGCCUCCAUUGAGUUUCCUGCAUGACAAAGGAGCCUGGGGGGGUGGGGGGGAGAUGGUCCGGGCAUGACCCACCUGCUCACAGCCCCCUUUACAGACGGAGGAGGCCUCUGAUUGGGGGAGUUGCAGCCACAUGGAUCUUCUUGUGUCUCCCACGACCCUGUCCCCACCACUCUGGUUCCCCUUGUGGGAAGGAGGGCUCAUGGGUGCCUCACCCAGGUGCCGAGGACCUCGAUGCAAGACCUAAAGGGACUGUCAGAGAAAAGUAGCCCCCCCGUUGCUCUGCCCUCCUGGGCUGAGUUCUCACAGGCCCCCUUCUCUCCACCCAAGAAGCAGUGGCGCCCGGCUCAUCAGGCCACUUGGGUUUGAAGGAAGUUGCUGGGAGUUUCUCUGUAGCAUCAGGUUUCUCACCUUCUGGGGCGAGAGGGGAAGCACUGGCACUCACGGGAGGCUGGCUGGCACCACCCCAUGGGGUCACUGGCAUCAUGAGCCCACCCCCAGGGCACUUCUGAGAAACAAUCCAAGGCCAGAAUCCUGCCUCUUUCCUCCCCCACUGGGCCCGGGCAGUGACCUUGGGAUCCCUGAUCCCACAUCCAGGGUUCUUCAGGUACCAACAACUACCCCACCAGGAUGGCCCCACCCCACGGGCAGGGUCUGAGUAAGAACACGGCUGCGUCGCGGGGUCCGACACGUUGAUCUCACACUGCCUUCUGGCCCCUGCCAACGGAGCCUUCGCAAGGGAGCUCACGUCAGGUGGAGCCAACCCCGAAAGAGACCCCUGCCACCCCCCCAGACCAUCGACCUCCCCGUGGUCACAGCCCAAACGCGGCCGCUUCCCUGGGGAGGCCUUUCGGGAUGGAAAUGAAUGGAGGGCUCCCUUCACUUCCAUGCGAACACUGCUCCCGGAGCUGAGGCAUGAGACCAAAGGAUUCCUGCGGACGCGAGUCCCUGAUCCUUAGAAAGCACUGACCCAGGAUCCCUCCGCCUCCCCC